UAACAUCCGGUAAGUGGGGAUAGGUAUGUGUAAGCGUACUUCGUCAUCAUGUGGAGCGUCUGCCAUGUUCAAACCAACUCGGAAAUCUCUGUCUUCCGACUUUUUAAAAUGUAUUUCUUAUUUAACCUUUAUUGAACUAGGCAAGUCAGUUAAGACCAAAUUAUUAUUUACAAUUACGGCAUAUACUUGCCAAACCCGGACGACGCUGGAACAAUUGUGCGCCGCCCUAUGGUACUCCCAAUCACGGCCGGUUGUGAUACAGCCUGGACUUCAGUUUAUUCAAGACAACUGUGAACUCGGAAAAACGAACUCCGACUGAGAAAAAUGUUUUGGAUGAUCAUCCAACUAGGAAUUCCAAAUCGGGCCUCCUUCCAGUGCUCCGACUUUCCGACCUGCAGAUCACUGACAUCGUGAAUUUACCUCGUUUUUUCCGAAUUCCCAGUUGUCUUGAACGCUGUAUUUCGGCAAGGCGGAUUCCCAGCAACUGUAUUUACGUCAGAUGCCCUAAUUUAUUAUAUUGCACUGAUCUGAAGAGGUGUGUUCUGUUCACAGAUCUACUGGAGGGAUGGAGACGCACAAUUUGUCCUGCGCCAUUUGCUUGGACCGCUUCAAAGUCCCAGUCACCAUCCCAUGCGGUCACACCUUCUGUCGAGACUGCAUCACAACUCACUGGGACACCAAGUCCAGGUCGGACAUCGGGCCGCAUUGCCCUAUCUGCAACGAGAAAUUCCCCACUAGACCCAUCCUAAAACGCAACGUGUCCCUGUCCGUUCUGGCUGAGGCCACAGCGAACAGUGCUGGUGCAUUCGGGAGAGGCACUGUACCGGUUAUGAGGGGCGACAUGGCCAGAGCCACGCCCCUGAUUCUGUGUGACCGACACAAGAAGUCCCUGGUGUACUACUGCCGGAAGGACAACAUGUGUGUGUGCUGCGAGUGUGCCAUCUCCGAGUGUAAGAACCACGAGAAAGUGCUGGUGGAGGCUGAGAAGGAGAACCGAGAGUUACUACUGAGGAAGAAGAGUGUGGAGGUGGGAAUAUGUAUGGAGGAGACUGAGAGGAGCAUCACUGAGCUGACAGAGAACAUCGCCAAAGCCAAGGUGACCCUGCAGCAGACCUCCCACUGGGUGAAUGCCAAGUUCUCCAUGCUGUUGAAGGUGCUAGCAGAGAAACAGGAGUCUACAGAGAACUUCAUUGAGCAGGAGAAGGAGGCUUCCCUCUCCCAGGUGGAGGCUAGGUUGGAGGAGCUACAGGAGAGGGCCAGGCAACUCGGGGAGCGCCAGAGCCAGAUCGCAACUCUUCGCAACCUGCCCGACAUCCAGCUAAUACAGGAGUCUCGGCUGGUGGAGGUCCCUCGUAUGAAGGACAUUCCAGUGGAUGUGACCCCUAACCUGCAGGAGAGGCUCAGCGGGGUGACAGACGUCCUCUCACGGAUCUCCAAGCUAGUAUCCGAGGACCUGGAGAAGGCUGUGUCUACAGCUGUGGGGCAGGACAAGCAAGGUUCUCCCCAGGAUAAGCGCCCUGUCCUGGCUGUGGUCCCCAGUCCUGCUGCUCCAUGUCACCCCACUGGGAAGGAGGGCCUCAGUGAAUACCGCUGCACCCUGACCUUUGACCCUCGCACGGCCAACAGUCACCUGCUCCUCUGCCAGGAGAACCUACGGGCGGAACACCUGACCUCUGGGCCGCGCCCUGUCCCAGCCCACGAGGCUCGCUUUGACCACACCUGGCAAGUGCUCUGCUUCCAGGGCUUCAAACACGGAAAGCACUACUGGGAGCUGGAGUUGUCCAAGCCAUGGGCCUACCUGGGGGUGACUUACGAGGGCAUCCCCAGGAAGGAAAAGGGGAAAAGGUGCAUGGUGGGAAUGAACGAUCUGUCCUGGAGCCUCCAGCUGGAUGAGCGCCAGCUGAGUGCCUGGCACAACGGCCGCCAGGAGACGGUGGCUGGCCACUCCCACCACUCCCGCAUCGGAAUUCUGCUGGACUACGAGGCUGGAACACUGACGUACUAUGGAGACGGGCAUACGCGGCUGCAUGCCUUCCACUGUGCCUUCACUCAGGAGCUGUUCCCCGCCUGUUGGAUAGGGGAGGGCGUGAGCAUCACCCUCUGCUCGCCAUGACGACAACACGAAAGGGAAUGACCGUGACCUAACAAUCUCUUAUAGGACUAGUCUUGGGAAACUAUAACCCUGUUUAUACCUGGUGCUAACAUGGGUCCUUUGUCCUGAUCUUGCCUACAUUCUGAUUGUGCCUACAUUUCCAGAAAUGUGUCUACAUACGGUAUGCUAUUAAAAUGUGCCUGUUGUUGUUCCAUUGUGUCUCCAUUUUGACCAGAUUUCCUUGUCCCUUUAUGCAAACUAUUUCACAGCUUUCAAAAUAAUAUUUAUUUAUUGUAAGACACAUAUUGAUGUAAUCAGUCAAUAAUCAGUCAAUGGUGCCACCUGUCAAUGAUUUUAGAGAGUGGAAUAAUUAUGAUUUAAAUGGUUUCUCUGUCCGGAUCUGUCUACACUUGUAAAAUAUCCAGACACUGUCUGACUACCUCCAGUCACAAUCAAAUUACAAUGUGUAUUUUUAUUGUCAACACCUGUCUAAAAAAUGUGGGCACGAUCAGGAUGUUGACAGGAUCAGGACAAAGGACACAAGUUAAAACCAGGUAAAAAUGGGGUUCAGUUAUUUUUCGGGAACCAUAGACAUUGCAUCAUUGUAUCUUUCCCAUUAUGGCGUCUGUGAGAGCACGGAAAAGUCUAAACGGGAUCUUAGGGACGUCCCAACUCUGGCAUCAUUCCGUUGAAUUUUAAACAUUUUGAGUUAGGGUUGGGAGGUAGAUCGUUUUUGGCUGUUUGUGCACACUUUUUUUCUAGAGACAAGCUGAAGUUCGAAGCCGAAGUCUACGCCCCUUUGUCGGUGAUUGGUCAACAGUAGUGAUUUUUCAAUGAAGUUUAUGUUGUCAUUCAACGAGAGAUUAAUUGUUUUCCUGUACACCACCGUUCAAAAGUUUGGGGUCACUUAGAAAUGUCCUUGUUUUUGAAGGAAAAGCACAUUUUUUUGUCCAUUUAAAAUAACAUAAAAUUGAUCAGAAAUACCAGUGUAGACAUUGUUAAUGUUGUAAAUUACUAUUGUAGCUGGAAACGGCUUAUUUUGAAUGGAAUAUCUACAUAGGCGUAGAGGCCCAUUAUCAGCAACCAUCACUCCUGUGUUCCAAUGGCACAUUGUGUUAGCUAAUCCAAAUGUAUCAUUUUAUAAGGCUAAUUGAUCAUUAGAAAACCCUUUUACAAUUAUGUUAGCACAUCUGAAAACUGUUGUCCUGAUUAAAGAAGCAAUAAAACUUCUUCAGACUAGUUGAGUAUCUGGAGCAUCAGCAUUUGUGGGUUCGAUUACAGGCUCAAAAUGGCCAGAAACAAAUAACUUUCUUCUGAAACUAUUCAGUCUAUUGUUGUUCUGAGAAAUGAAGGCUAUUCCAUGCGAGAAAUUGCCAAGAAACUGAAAAUCUCGUACAACGCUGUGUACUACUCCCUUCACAGAACAGCGCAAACCGGCUCUAACCAGAAUAGAAAGAGGAGUGGGAGGCCCCGGUGCACAACUGAGCAAGAGGACAAGUACAUUAGAGUGUCUAGUUUGAGAAACAGACGCCUCACAAGUCCUCAAUUGGCAGCUUCAUUAAAUAGUACCCACAAAACACCAGUCUCAAUAUCAACAGAGUUCCUCUGUCCAGUGUCUGUGUUUUUUUGCCCAUCUUAAUAUUUUCUUUCUAUUGGCCAGUCUGAGAUAUGGCUUUUUCUUUGCAACUCUGCCUAGAAAGCCAGCAUCCCGCAGUCGCCUCUUCACUGUUGCGUAUUAGGGACCUAUCCCAUGUGAGACCUUUCAUUCUCCGACUGUAGUCUGCAACCCUCAUUUUCCCAUAGUGAGAUAAUGUAGCAGUCAGCAUUUUAUAAACAAAAUCCUUAACCUGGUGAGACUCCCGGUUGCAAAAAUGCAACAGACCCUAAACUCAUGUCAAACACUACACAGUUCACCUCCUUAGAUCCAGAUGUAUAUCUUAGUAGCAUUUGCUGUGUGUCCAGUCUUCUCUAAGAUGUAUUGAUUACAUAGAAGAAAAAAAUCAUCAAGAAAAACAUUCUAAGCCAGAGCUAGAGGUGAAUUAAAUCUAGUUGUGUAGUUGCCAAAUGUUGUGAGUUAAAAGAGACCCCUCCUAAUUGGAACCUUAACACGAUGACAAACCACUCUCCCUCACAGUGCUGUCCCUCACAUUGCUGUCCCUAACAUGUCAAGCUGAUGAUGAUGAUAGUGUUGUGAUGUCACCUUACUGUACAGAUGUUUUUACAGUCCCGUUGUGGGACACUGGGAGAGAUUAAAUGGGAGAGAUUAGUAAACACAGGUGUGUCACAUGAAUCUUCUGGAAUGUUAAUGUUCAGGAACAUGGGAUCAGACUCGGUACAGUGGACUAGUCUUUGGGAUACUGUUGGGAACUGGAAAGGACUACUGUACGGGAACCCGGUUUUCCGUGAGAGAACAGAAAAGCACGUCUCUAGGGCUGCUAUAGGCUAAGGAAAUGUCACAAAAGUUCCUGUUGGAAUUGUACUGGAGAUUAUGUUUAAUGUUUAGAACAACUUUGUGUUGGAAGUUGGAACUGGACAUAAAUCUGUUAUUAAUGUAGACUUGGUGCCAGCCUGUUUCUGAUUUAGCCAACUUGUCAUUUUGCCAAACAAGGCAAUGAUGUAGCACAUAAAUGCAGAAAUAGUCAGGUUCCCAGGCUAGCAUCACAAUGUGUAGAGAAAAAUGAAAUACAGUCAAAUUAAUAAAAUGGACACACUUCACAUCACACAAGAUCAGUUUGAUAAAACCCAGUUCAAUGCAUAUUAGUUACAACUGAGACCAUGCUUUGCUUUUGUUUUGUCUUUUCAAUAUUAUAUUUGAAUUACUCAAUAAAUUAAUGUGAGUUUUAAAUAAAUACAGUGCAUUCAGAAAGUAUUCAGACCGCUUGACUUUUUCCACAUGUUGUUAAGUUACAGCCUUAUACUAAGGAGGGGCUUCCGUCUGACCACUCUACCAUAAAGGCCGGAUUGGUAGAGUGCUGCGGAGAUGGCUGUCCUUCUGGAAGGUUCUCCCAUCUCCACAGAGGAACUCUGGAGCUCUGUCAGAGUGACCAUCAGGUUGUUGAUCAACACCCUGACCAAGGCCCUUCUCCGGCUCAGUUUAGCCGGGUGGACAGCUCUGGGAAGUGUCUUGGUGGUUCCAAACUUCUUCCAUUUAAGAAUGAUGGAGGCCAUUGUGUUCUUGGGGACCUUUAAUGCUGCAGACAUUUUUUGGUACCCUUCCCCAGAUCUGUACCUUGACACAACCCUGUCUCGGAGCUCUACAGACAAUUCCUUCGACCUCAUAGCUUUGUUUUUCCUCUGACAUGCACUGUCAACUGUGGGACCUUAUAUAGACAGGUAUGUGCCUUUCCAAAUCAUGUCCAAUCAAUUGAAUUUACCACAGGUUGACUCCAAACAUGUUGUAGAAACAUCUCAAGGAUGAUCAAUGGAAACAGGAUUUACCUGAGCUCAAUUUCGAGUCUCAUAGCAAAGGGUCUGAAUAGAUAUGUAAAUGUGAUAUUUCUGGUCCAAACAUUUUUAAACCUGUUUUCGCUUUGUCAUUAUGGGGUAUUGUGUGUAGAUUGUUGAGAAAAAAUAAUGUUAUCAACGUAACAAUAUGUGGAAAAGAUGAAGGGGUCUGAAUACUUUCCGAAUGCACUAUGUAGCAAUAUAUUACUUGUUUACUUAGCCAAAAUAUUUGUUAACGUUACGCUUGUUUACACUGAACUGCACUGGGGUCGGCAUGCCAUCGUGGUUAGAUUAAGACUCCGUGGAGCUGGCGUGAGAUAUGGGUCUGAAAACGUACCUCAAUGCAGGGAUGGGAUAUGCCACUGUACUCCAAAUUUUACCUUUAUCCAAACUGUACAUCGAGAAGAUUGAAAUACUGCUACUUUUCCAGAAAACUACCCUUUUCGUUCUCUUAUGGAAUGGCACGUCGCGUUGAACAACAAAGGAGGUGAUUGACUGACAAAAUGGCUGCGGUGGCUACUGCUAGCUAGCAUGAGGACGAAAAGGGCAGUUUUCAGAGAAAACAAGCAGUAUUUCAAUCUUCUCGAUUGAAAAUAGUUUGCAUCAGUGAUCUAGUCAGUUAGUGUUAGUCUGGAACACUGCAGAGUGAUUUGAUGCAAGGAUUUUUUAUCUUAUUCAUUGAUGUUGAUGGAUUCUGGUUUCUGACUCCUAAACUUGGAAUAUUGUUAAUUAUCAGGUAUCCUAUUGAAAUAUUGAGUGCUAUAGUCUAGGGCAGGCCGGGGCAAUUAUUUCCAAUGGAGGGCCACGUUAGAAUAUAUUUUUGCCAUCGUGGGCCAGAAACAUAUUACAGGUUUGUACAUCAUGUGACUGUGUUGACAGAUGUAUCUACUGUAAAUCACAUCCAGCUUUGCUACUUAUUUUACUUUUUUAACAUGCACAGAAAUAAACCACAUCCAUGUU